AUGUCGUUUCCCAACGCAGGUGGAGGAGGUCCUAGUACAAUGACCAUGCCCGCUCCUCAGGUCCAACAGGACGAGACCGAGCUUGGACCACAUGUCGGCGAGAUCACGGCAGCGGUGGUGGGAGCCAGUUUCGGUGUUAUGCUACUGGGCAUCCUGGCAUUGUUCCUCUGCCUUCACAAACGGUCGAAAACGUCCAACACAGUCAGGUUCGCCGCCAGUCAAGAUAUGUACGGACAGCCACUCGUUCCAACUUUCACCACCAAUUCUCUCGAACCACAGUAUGCUGACGGAGGGCCCGACUCGAUAAGUUCAAUACCACAAUCCUCGAGGGGACGAACGCGGUAA